AUGGAGGAAAGCGCCGCGCUGCAUGGGCCGGACGCCGCGCACAUCUCACCCGUGCCAUCCGGCUUCCCCGGCAUCGACAGCCUGCUUGGAAACGGCAUGCAGCGCUCCGAUAUGAUCGUGCUCGCUGCGCGACCGAGCCUUGGCAAGAGCACGCUCGCCUUCAAUAUCGCGCGCGCCGCUGCCGACAGCGGCAACCGUGUAGGCAUAUUCAGUCUUGAGAUGAGCCGCGACCAGAUUGCCAUGCGCCUGCUUGCAAGCGAGGCUAAUGUUGACAGCUACCGCAUCCGCAUCGGGCUGCUCAGCAACGACGAAGAAUCGCGCCUCCUCGACGCCAUCGGUGUACUCUCCGACCUGCCCCUCUACAUCGACGACAUGCCGAUACAGACCAUCGUGGACAUGCGCGGCAAAGCGCGCAGGCUUAAGUCCGAUCGCGGCCUUGAUUUAAUUAUAAUCGACUACCUGCAACUCAUCGGCGGCGGUGGGCGCAUCGACAACCGCGCGCAGGAAAUGGGCGAGAUUUCCCGCUCCAUUAAGGCCAUGGCGCGUGACCUCGACGUUCCGGUAGUCGCUUGCUCCCAGCUCAGCCGCGCAAUUGAGCAGCGUCCCAACCAUCGCCCGCUCCUCUCCGACCUGCGCGAAAGCGGCAGCAUCGAGCAGGACGCCGACGUGGUCGCCUUCAUUCACCGCGAAGACGUCUAUGUCAGCCGCGAGGACUGGGAAAAGCGCAACCCUACCGAGCAGUACCCGCAGAACAUCGCGGAGAUAAUCUUCGCCAAGCAUCGCAACGGCCCCGUUGGGACGGUGCCGCUGUACUUCCGCAACGACCUCGUGCGCUUCGAGAGCCUGGAGACGACCCCCUCCAUGGAGUACGCGCAGAAUGAAGCCUGA